GUUAGUUUUAAUGACGUUUCCAGGUGUCCCGUGGGGUGCGUUUGUUUUUUCCUCCUUAAGUCAGAUCAGGAAACGCGCGAGCGGGCGGAGGUUGGCUGAGACACCCGGCAGCUGGCAGCACGAGCCACCAGCCUCCGCCCCGCCCCCGUCAGAGUGACGAAUCAGAGGAGAAGAAAGUAAAACAACAAACAAACAAACCUCAGAAAACAAACAACAACAACAUCAGGAGUGAGGAGACUCUGACAUGGCGGCGGUUCGAGGAGCCAGAUCCUCGACCCAGAGCCGUCUGUAACAUCAGGCCGGGCUGGGAGCGUCUGUCGGCGUGGACUCGGCGUGAAGCGGCCGGGGCUGUGGGGCAUCAUGGCCGCUGUCACCUCCCGGAGAAUCACGACAGAUUCAGCCGGAGGGUCAGACCCGAGAGGCCCGGUCCUGCCUCCGGGGGGAUCCGGCAGGUCGGCGGAGACCUGGAAGAGACACAUCGUCCGGCAGCUGAAGCACCGAGACCUGAGCCAGCACGCCAUGUUCCAGGACCUGAUCCGCUUCUACACUCAGCUGCUGGAGAAAACAAGUCUGGCCAAAGGAAUCCUGAGCUGCUCCCUCAGGCGUCCCUCCCCUGACAGCAGCAGCUCCAUCUCCGCUCUGCUCCACCAGAACAGCCAGCUGAAGAAAACUACAGGAGAGCUGGCCUAUCAGGUGGUGGAGCUGCAGCAGCAGAUCAAGAUCAAGGAAUGUGUUCUGGAGGAGCAGCAUGCCAGGCUGGCGGAGGAGGAGUGUCGGCUGGCGGGUGCGUUUGAUUCCCAUCGGGAGCUGCAGGAGCGGGUGGAGCGGGUUCAGGGGGAGAACGGGGCGCUGAAGACGGAGUACGACGCCCUGCUGGAGCGACAGAGGGGGGCGGAGACAAGACUCAGGGAGGAGAAGGUCAGAGGAGGACACCUGGUGGAGGACAUGAUCCACCUGAAACAGCAGGCUGCCGCCCGCAUGAACAGCCGCAACGAGCGCAGGUCCAGAGCUCGUGAAGCGAACCUGCAGAAGGAGCUACAGACGGCUGCCAGGUCAAAGGUCACCAUAGACAGCUCCUCCAGCGCUCCGACCUCCAGAUCCACGUCCCCAAAGAACGAGAACCAGGACCAGGAGUCCACAGAGCAGAGACACACCAGACUCUUCAGAUCGGCGUCGGCCACGUCCCCGAGGAUCCUCUCCUCCAUCAGAGAGCUGUUUGACAGGAAGAGGCGUGGCCACUCGGUCUGCAGCCUGGAGGAGGACCUGACGUGUCCUGUUGGAAUCUGUCUGUCAGCCAGAGUCCCGGCCAGAGCCCUGCACGUCCUGGACGCCCAUGAGCAGGGCAUUAACGCGGUGCGGUUCAGUUCCAGUUCAGACCUGUUGGCGACCGGAGGAACGGACCGGGUCAUCAAACUGUGGGAGGUCCGAGCAGGCUCACUGACCCACAGAGCGACUCUGGACGGCAGCACCGAGGGUAUCACCUGCAUCGAGUUCGACCCCACGGGUCUGAGGAUCCUCGCGGCGUCUUACGAUAAAUCGGCUUUGUUGUGGCGACUGGACGACUCUGUUCCCAAGCUGACUCUGACAGGUCACAUCAGGAAGGUCACAGCAGCACGGUUCAGCAGUUUACCUCAUCAGGUGGUGACAGGAAGUGCAGACAGAACCAUCAGACUGUGGGACCUGCAGAGAGCUGCCUGUGUGCAGGUAGUUGAAGUGGCGUCGUACUGCAGCGACCUGGUCUGUUCUGAGAACUGUAUCAUCAGUGGACACUUCGACUCCAAGAUCAGGGUCUGGGACACCAGGGCAGUGAGCUGCGUUCAGGAGCUUCCUGCUCAGGGUAAAGUCACCUCGCUGGACCUCAGCGCCGACCACCGUCAGCUGCUCAGCUGCUGCCGUGACGACUGCCUCCAGCUGGUCGACCUGAGGAGGCGGAGCAACGACCGCAUGUGUUUCAGAGCUGAGGGGUUUAAAUGUGGCAGCGACAGCACCAAGGCUGUGAUCAGUCCAGACGGUUGUUUUCUGGCGGCUGGAUCAGCAGACGGAACCGUUUACGUCUGGAACGCCUCGACCAACAACCUGGAGACCCGCCUCCCUGACAAACACAGUUCGUCCAUCAGCGCCGUGUCCUGGUCUCUGUCCGGCGAAUACGUCGUCAGCGUGGACAAGAGUAGGCGGGCCGUCCUCUGGAGCGACAUCUGAACCGGCCAAUCCACGAGGAGGUCACGUUGUCACGGCAACACCACUCACAACACUGAUCACAGAGCUGUUGCAGGGAACAUUUGGGAUUUUUUUAAAAGCUAUUUGUUGAUUGGACAAAAGGGACAGAACUUCCUGCUUGAUGCAUUUUUCUUUACCACAACACAGGAAGAUUACUGAGGGAAAACACAAACAUUCAUUAACAAAGGGAAAACCUCGUCUAACAUUUACAGCAUGUCUCUGUGGACAUUUUGUACAAACCUAAAACAACAGGCUGAUUUUAGUUUACAUGUUUUAUUUUUCUGUGUUGUAAGUAUGUUGUUGUUGUUGUUGUAUGUUAUUUUUUUAGGAGGUGCAGACGACCUCACAUCCAGGUUUUUGUUUUUGGUGUUAAAGUGUGUGGUGUUCAGGGACUAAAAUUAGCGUGGGGUAUUCGGGUACUGAAACAAGAGUGGGGGAUGUCAGUUGCUGGUUUAAUCCUGCGUGUGACCGACGUCCAGACAAAAAGACAAGCAGGUCUGAAUAUUUAUGAUGCAUUCAGGGACCAGUCAGAGCCCAUCAGACUGCAGUGAAACAUUUUGCACCUAAACAGGGACUGGAACUUCGCCUUCCAGUCCAGUCAGCUGUUGACUUUACAUUCUUGUCCGUCCACCUUCUCUCCAAGAACAGAAACAGGGUUUGUUGUUGUCCUGGUUCUUCUGAAAUCCACCACCAUCUCCUUGGUCUUGGUGACAGGAACAGGUGAUUACUCCCACAGCAAAGAGGUCCACCAGGUCUCCAGUCCACUGCUGAGACACCCCACAACUACAGAGUCAUCUGAAAACUUGUGCAAAGAAAUAAAAUCAGUGAAUCAGUCAAUGAAAAUAUUUUUUUUCCCGUAUACUACUCCAGGUCUCAGUCCACCCAUGGAGCUGACUUUCUGUCCGGUUCAUUUUUGAUAUCAACCUGAUGAAGACAGUUUGGCUCAGACAGCUGAGUCUGAGGAGGUUGGACUUGAGGUGGAUCAAAGGUUUCAGAUGUGGACUCCCCAUCAGAGUUGUGUGGACAGUCUGAGGUGUAGAGUGUGAAGAGGUCUGUGGUCUGUCCAUCAAGUCGAGCAGAGUUUUGUUAGAGAAGAAAUCGAAGAACAUGAUUGUCACAGAGCUGCAGGGUUUGUCCAGAUGAAGCAGGUAGACUAAGGUUUCAUGAAGAACUUGUUGAUCAGAGGAUGAUGGACAGCUGCUUUACAAACUGAUUCAGAGUCAGGUUGCUCUCUUCAGACAGGCUUUUGAAAUGCCUAAAGUUUCCUUCACAAAGGUUUUAAAUGUUGAUGUAACAUUAGUUAUAAAACAUUUAUGUAAAAAUCUCCAGUCUUCUUGUCAAAUUCAGACGAUCCAUUCAGUCCCGUCCGGUCUGCUCAUCCAGGACUGGGUCAUGUUUAAUGAUUAGUUCAUCAUUUUUUGAGGAAUUAUUGUGUGAUAUACACCGAUCAGCCAGAACAUUAAAACCACCUGUAGGUCCCCCUUGACCUCUGGGGUUGUCCUGUGGAUCCUUUGGGUCCUCUGUGGUGUGGGGUGGGUGGUCUCCAUGGAUCUGGCUUGUUCUGGAUCAUCCCACAGAUGCUGGAUCUGAUUGGGAUCUGGGGAGUUUGGAGUCCAGGUCAACACCUUGGACUCUUGUUGCUCAAGACAUUUUUGAGCAGGCUUGGUGGUGUAGUGGGUUUGUCUUCCUGCUGGGGGAGGACCCUGUUGCCAUGGGGGGGGGGGGGGGGUCAACAACAGUGUUUAGGUGUCAAAGUAAAAUCCAAUGAAUGAAGGAGCCGAGGUUUCCCAGCAGAACAUGGAUUCUAACCAGAUUAUCAGUGUUAUUCACUUCACCCGUCAGUGGUUUAAUGUUGAUCGGUGUAAAUGUCACUUGGUAAAUAAUUCUGAGCCUCAUCAUCCCCACUGGGUUUUAUUGAUCUGCCUCAAAUGUUCAGACUGAACAGGUUUCAGUGUAAGAGAAAACAGUUGUUCAGAAACAACCCGAGGAACAAAUCAAAGAGUUUGGAUCUGUAUCCUGACACCGAGGAGUCAGAGUGAGGAGUUUCCUGCAGCUCUCUGCGCUGGAUUUACAUUUAAAAGGCGUCUGCAUUAAUCCUCUGUUUGGCCUCUCAGCUUUGAAGAGUGAAGUCAGCGGCUUCAAAGAGAAAAGUCGACGGCCGGAGGCUGUGAUGGAGUCUGAGCACACACAGAGAGAUUUACAUCCUGUUAGAUCAGCUGCUGAAACAUCCAGAGCAGCUGAUUUCAUCGGUGUCAAACUCAGACUCUGUCGUUCAGUUAAAGUGUCGACGUUUCCUCUUCAGAGCUUCUGUUCAUUUUCUGAACAAAUCACGUCGCUGCCUUCUCACCUGAGAGACGAGCUGAGCGUCACUUUAAAAACGUUAAAUAUCAAUGUUUACAGUCGUCUGAUUUAUUGAUUUAUUGAUCAUUUUUAUCAACAUGUUUCUGUUGUUUUUAUUUAUCUUCAGGUCUGAGGCUCCUGAUGGUGAAAGGGAAACAUUCUGUUCUUUGUCUUUAUUUAUUUACUCUCUUUGGCCUUAAUGUACAACCAAAAUCAGAAAAACAAAGUGUCUUCGUUUGUCCUAAAGAAAACUGAGGAAGAGAUAGGAAUUUAAUAACUGAGUAAACAGCCUGAAUAAAAUAAAAAAAGAAAAAAAAGGGAAACAUGCAGUUUGUCUGAUGGAAGCAACACAAAUAAUUCAUUGUUAAAGGUGUUUAUAUUUGUACGGAAGUACCACUAUAAUGAUGCACAAAUAGAGUUAAUUAAAUUAUAAAAUUAAGUAAAUAAAUAAAACCUGAGAGCCACAACAUCAUGAAAAAAUCAAUAAGAAAUAUGAAAUAAAACCUGUUUUAAGAUUUUGUCCAGAUAUUCAGUUUCAUUCAGACAUUUCUGAUCAGACUGUGGUUUCCACUGAACCCAGUGAAUCUGGAUCAAUGUAUAAACUCAGGUUCAAUGAAAACAUCAAAGAAUAACUCUCUAACUUUGAACCUGGCUCUUAUUUUACAUGUUUUUGGGUAUAAAUGAUUGACAGGGACAGAAAUAUUUGGAAUCGGUGCAGUAUUGAUCAACAACAGUGAACAGCUGCUGCAGUGUAAUCCAAUGGAUGGUCGUCCACGUCAGAGUCCGUCCACUACAGUUCUUGUUUUUGUCUCUGACAGACUCAGAUUGUUAUUCUGUGUCUGACAACAUGAUGACAGAAUUCCUACAGAGACAGAGCUUUUUAUUAAAGAGUCAGAUCCUUUUAGUUUAACCAGAAACAUCUCUAUAUAUCUCUACCAGACUCCAUAGAGAAAAACAGGGAUUUAACCAGGAGCUGCUGGAAUACCACUGCCUCCAUCUGUUAGUGUGUCUGUGUUACUGUGUGACUUUCAGUGGUGGAAGAAGUAAUCAGUUACUUUACUGAAGUAAAAGUACCACAGGUCAGUCUCAUAUGAAAACAAUUUGAUAAAUCAGACAGCUUCAUGUGGCUGUGAUUGAGUUUCCUUUCGCUUCCUUCACAGCAAAAAAAGACAGUUUGAUAGAAAAUAUCUGACUCUGACUUUCUCUGUUCUGUUUUUCCUCUGCUGCUGUAACUUUCUAAUAAACUCUAUCUCUUCUAACGUC